CUUUCUGAUUCACCCAUCGCGGUGGUUUGCUAGCAAACAUAAAACUGAAACGUUUAAGAUCUUUAGACCAAUCAAAUAUUGUGUAUAUUAAUCUUAGUGUUUAGAACAUCAUACUGUUUACCUAUCUACUCGUUCAUUUAAACGCAAUUUGCUUGUUAAAUUAGCAAAUGUGUUACAUUGGUUCUGCACUAGGCUAAUCUCCCGGAGCAUGUUUUAUUUAUUUCACCUUUAUUUAACCAGGUAGACUAGUUGAGAACAAGUUCUCUUUUACAACUGCGUACUGGCAUGAGCUCACUAAACUUGAAGGAGAAAGAAGCUCCGAUGAAAGGAGAGGAAGAAGCUUUCAGAAUCAAAGAGGAGGAAGAUGCCAUAACAUUGAAAGAAGAGAAUGUAGAGAAAGAAGAGGAAGACCCUUUUAGAGCAAAAGAGGAAGAGGAGGCUAUCUCAAUAAAACAGGAGGAAGAAAACGUUUUGGGAGUGAAAGAGGAGGAGACUGAAGAUCCGAUUAACACCAGAGAGAGACAUGACUAUGGUGGAUCCUCUGGGGAGCCUCAACAACAUCCUGAUGCUGACGAGGAAGAGAAGAGUCUCUCCAGAUCAGAACACCAGAUGGACAACACUAGCCCUUCCUCCCUCCCGGAGUCCCCGUGUCGUGCCUCUCCCAGUAGCACCUUACUGCUGGGUAUGAAGAGGUUGUCUGUGCUGCUGGUGGACUGCAGGAAAACAACAGGGCUGAGUGGAACUGUGAGAGGAGGAGAAGAAGAAGAAAGGAUCAGAUUUGACACAUCAAA